AUCCGCCCCACGCGCUGCGCCGUUCAAAAAGAGGAUUGCGGCGCCAUCUUGGAGUGUAACUGGAAGUAAAAGGUGGCACCGAUAAAGGCUUAAACUUCCUUAUAUUUAGCCCAUCGUUUAGGGUUUUUCCUGUUACGUUAUCUGUUGAACUUUAAGAUAUCACGUGUUGGCAUUUAACUUUCUGCAACAAUUUCCAACAAAACCAAAAAUAUAGACAAUGUCGUCUGGCGGCGGUGUGAUUCGAGGCCCAGCUGGGAACAACGACUGCAGAAUAUAUGUGGGGAAUUUGCCCCCCGAUAUUCGUACCAAGGACGUCGAGGACGUGUUCUACAAAUACGGUGCCAUUCGGGACAUCGACCUGAAAAAUCGCCGAGGUGGACCCCCGUUCGCCUUCGUGGAGUUUGAAGACCCCAGAGACGCGGAGGACGCGGUGUACGGACGGGACGGCUAUGACUAUGACGGCUACCGCCUUCGUGUGGAGUUCCCCAGGAGUGGAAGGGGAACUGGCAGAGGUGGAAUUGGAGGCGUUGGGGCCCCCAGGGGGAGAUAUGGACCCCCGUCCCGACGAUCUGAGUACCGGGUCAUUGUUUCAGGGCUUCCUCCAAGUGGUAGCUGGCAGGAUCUAAAGGAUCACAUGCGUGAAGCAGGUGAUGUAUGUUAUGCUGACGUUUUCCGAGAUGGAACUGGUGUUGUGGAGUUUGUUCGCAAAGAAGACAUGACCUACGCAGUACGAAAGCUGGACAACACUAAGUUCCGGUCACACGAGGGUGAGACGGCAUACAUCCGUGUGAAGGUGGAUGGCCCUCGGAGUCCAAGCUAUGGGAGGUCGCGCUCACGUAGCCGCAGCAGGAGCCGUAGCCGCAGCAGGAGCAACAGCCGCAGUCGGAGCUACUCGCCACGUCGCAGUCGAGGAUCUCCUCGUUACUCGCCUCGCCACAGCCGCUCCCGCUCCCGCACCUAAACUUUGCCUUUAGUCAUCUCCCCAUGUGUUGCAGUUUUGGUGGUUCCACUGUUGUAAAACCAUUUUUUUUUCCUUUUUUUUUAACCCACAUUUUGCAUUUUAUCAGUGUUUGCUUUUGAUUCCGCUUUCCCUUCAUUUCAUUCUCAAAUGCUGUCGUUUAUCUGCUGUGUUGGUUUGUUUCCACCUACCCCCAUCCCCUUGGUUCUCUCUCUCUCUCUCUCUCUCUCUCUCUCUCUCU